AGCCCAAGCAAUGCGUCACCUCCCUCCUUGCCCCUCCCCCUCCCUCCUCCUCCUUCCCCGGCAAGCAUCAGCUGUGUGAGUCCGUGACCGUGAACCCAAGAACAACAUGGCUGCUCUCAAACCCACCACCGUACUGCGCCUCCGUUCUCCCUUGGCACUGUGUGUGAGGACCAUGACGAAGGGUGACCCGGGCUCGGGGGCCGGCCAGGGCGGCGGCUCCGGCGGCACCAUCCGGGACGCUGGCGGCGCCUUCGGCAAGAGGGAGGCGGCCCAGGAGGAGCAGUACUUCAGGAAGCGGGAACGAGAACAACUUGAGAAGAUGAGGAAAGGCCUAAAGCAGGAAGUGGAAUUCCACAAGAAGCAGAUCAAGGCCCAUGAAGAGGCCCUCAAGAGGCACAAGGAGCGUCUUGGUGACCUUGACUAAGCCAUCAAAUGUCAUUAUACCGGCUGAUGCCGAUGCCUGGCCUUCAUGGCACUCUUUUAUAUUGCAUCCAAGUUCCUGGCUGCGGCAAGAAUUAUGGGCAUUCGGUGCUGACUAGACGUUACUUAAUUUAAGAUAUCAAAUUCCAAUGUGAUCUGUAUAUAUCCUACCCUAAAGAGGGAGGCAUGUGACUUACUUUGAUACGCAGUUGCAAAUAAACUUGAGUUGUGAAA